UUCCUCCUCCUCCUCCUCUCGGUCCCGUCAGAAGUGUUUGAGCGUUUCCGCUUUUGGAUUAGUUUGCCGCCUCGAACGUGACCAAAGUCAUCAUGGGCUUUCUGCAGUGCAUCAAGUACCUGGUGUUUAUCUUCAACUUCCUCUUUUGGUUGGCCGGCACGGGCGUGUUGGCGGUGGGACUAUGGCUGCGCUUCGACACCAGGACGUCGGGCCUUUUUGAGGGCGAGGACUCGCCCUCCGUCUUCUUCACCGGCGUGUACAUCCUGAUCGCGGCUGGCGCGCUGAUGAUGGUGGUCGGCUUCCUGGGCUGCUGCGGUGCCAUCAAGGAGUCGCCAUGCAUGCUGGGAUUGUUCUUUAUGUUCCUGCUGCUGAUUUUUGCGGCGGAGGUGGCGGCGGGCAUCUGGGGCCUGUCCAACACGGGGCGGGUGGUGGAGGAGGUGACCGAGUUCUACAAGCAGACCUACAACAAUUACAAGGACACCCGACAGGAGGCGCUCAAGGAGACGCUGCGCCUCAUCCACUUUGGGCUGAACUGCUGCGGGCCCACCGGCACGGUCAUCGACGCCGCCAAGGACAUCUGCCCCAAGAAGGAGGGGCUGGAGGUGCUCAUCACCACGAGCUGCCCGGCCGCCAUCGAGGAGGUCUUCAACAACAAGCUGCACAUCAUAGGCGGUGUGGGCAUCGGCAUCGGCGUCAUCAUGAUCUUUGGCAUGAUCUUCAGCAUGAUGCUCUGCUGUGCCAUCAAGAGAUCCAGAGACUUUGUUUAGGCCCGCCCUCUCAUACCCCCCUUUCCUCCUCCAGUUUAGUAACCAAGGCUAUUUUUAACUCGCCGCUCGGGGACGCACGCAGGACGGCCAUCUCGGACGCGUGAACGCGCGGCGACCCGAGCGGGUGAACGUUCAGGUCACACUUUUCGACUACCGCGUUGCGCCCAGCGCCCAAAAAAACCUUUUCAGUUUGCUCGCUUUCCUGACGGGCGUUUACGGUCAAACAUGCUAACAUUUAGCCUGUUUAAAUUUUAUUGUGACUAACUUUUUAUGUUAAUGUUAACUUUUUGUGUUGAACAUUUUACAUUCAAUAAAAGAAGUGAAAA